CUGAGCUUGAAAUGUGAAGGAACAACCCUGCCUGUGAAGCCUAUGAUCUAAAAUACUUAAAACAUUUCUUUAAUCAGUCAAGAGAAUGCUUUCUUAUACUCCUAUCUACAUACCAGGGUAUACAGGUUUUAUUCCGAAACUUGAAAGCAUAGUUGGAGAAACCUAUGGCAAUGCUAUACGAAAACUGCUUGCCCACCAGGCAGAGUUGCUACAGUUGAGCCAUACUGAAGCUGAUACACUUGGACGCAGGUAUCUUCUCAGCAGAAUGUGCAGACAGCCACAUGGGCAACACUUACCAGAAGACAGAUACAACACCUAUGAAUGCCUACCCACAAAGGCACAUCGAAGACUCAUCUAUGACGGUGAUCCUUCAUCAACUUCUGCUGUUCAGGCAAUUAAAAAGGCCAAGGGAGAUUUAAAACCUCCAGCAAAAUCAAGCAAGGCCAGAGAGCUCACUCCAGUUCAGCCAAAAGAUGAGACAGCUGUGAUUUCAUCUUUGGCGUCACUGCAUCUGCCUGCUGAUAAAAAUAUAUUUAAGAAGAUAUCGGAUAGCACCAUGCCAGAAGCAGACCAAGUACAAAAGUCAGAUGAAACCUGGGCAUUAGCUCGCAAGAAAAGAGAUACUGUUCCAAAAAAACAAAGCAGGCUGAUAUACCAAAGCAACUGGGUUCCUGUUCCAAAUUACACAGGUUACAUCCCAGCAGGUCACAAGUUCUCAUUUGGAAAGACCUGGGGCACAAGCACAAGGAAGUCUCUGGAAAGACAGAAGAAGUUGCUGUAGCUUGCUCUUACAUGAACUGACUGCCGAUGGAGAAAUAUGUGACCUAUCAAAUCUUGCACAUGAAGUUGGCACCAGCAUAUCCAAUCCCUUCUGAAACACAUUAAAAUGAUUUAACUUUGGUUUUUGUUGUUAAGAAACAUGACUGUACACAGAAGAUAAUUUCCUUUAGGGCUGAGCUGACA